GCGCAUCAACUGAUUAUAUGAAAACACAAGACCAGAUUUCACAAUCCGCUGGUCGGUCGGUCGGUCAGUUGACAACAUUGAAACGGAUAUAUUGCUUUAAAAAUUGUAAUAUAAUUAUGAUUUUCGUUCUUUCCUGAUCAUUGUCGAUUUGAAUUAGGUGGUUAUAGUCUCACGUGCGGUGGUAGUUUUCCCUUCGCGUAUAAUUCUUUGCACAGGUUUGCUAAAUUAUCUGUCGCUGGCUCUGCAUGUCCAACAUUCAUGGUUGUCAAGUGACUGCGAACAGGACAAACCAUGAUUGAAAGCCAAAAUGAGUCAAGACGAUUGCUUGAUACAGAAGAUGGAGAAGACACAAGAGUGAGGUCGGAACAGGACGCAUAUCUUGACAAGGUGAAGAAUGGGAAGCUGUUCCUGGCCACUCUUGCAGCUGUCCUUGGUCCCUUGAGUUUUGGGUUUGUAUUGGGGUACAGUUCCCCUGCCAUCCCUGAACUAAGCACAAUCACUGACCCAAGAUUACGACUAGAUGAUGACGAGGCUUCGUGGUUUGGGUCUAUCGUGACGAUAGGAGCUGCUAUAGGAGGUCUACUCGGCGGUUGGAUGGUGGACAAGAUCGGGAGGAAGCUGAGUCUUAUGUUCUGCUCUCUACCUUAUAUCUUUGGUUUUACUAUCGUCAUUGCUGCUCAGAAUGUCUGGAUGCUGUAUCUUGGGAGGGUACUCACAGGACUGGCAAGUGGGGUGACGUCACUUGUGGUGCCACUGUACAUCUCAGAGAUUGCCCAUGAGCGUGUCCGUGGGACAAUGGGCUCCUGUGUUCAACUCAUGGUGGUCACAGGAAUCAUGGGGGCAUAUAUAGCAGGGAUGUUUCUGGACUGGCGCUGGCUGGCAAUCUGCUGCUCCAUCCCACCCACCAUUAUGAUGGUGUUCAUGUGUUUCAUGCCCGAGACCCCCAGGUUCCUGUUGUCUCAGGGUAAACGGAGGGAAGCCGAGGAGGCAGUGCGCUUUCUGAGGGGGCCAGAUGCCCCUGCAGAGUGGGAGUGUGCCCGCAUUGAGGAUGCUUCUGACGACCAGGGAGGUAGUUUGGGGAUGGCUGAUCUUAAGGACCCUGGAGUAUACAAGCCCCUUGGAGUGGGCAUCAUGUUGAUGCUCUUCCAACAGCUCACCGGUAUCAACGCCAUCAUGUUCUAUGCUGAGACUAUCUUUGAGGAAGCCCAUUUUAAGAACAGCAAUGUUGCUACGGUGGUAGUAGCAGCAAUCCAGGUAGUGUUCACUGCAGUAGCAGCAUUGGUCAUGGACCGCGCUGGAAGAAAACUUCUCCUCAUCCUCUCAGGCGUUUCUAUGUGCCUAAGCACUGCUGCCUUUGGUGUCUACUUCAAGUUGUCCAGUGAAACCCAUGGUAACUCCUCAGGACUUUGCCUAGUAGAGAGUCCCCUUGCAGAGAACCCUGCGGUUGGGCUGUCCUGGCUCGCACUGGCCAGCAUGGGCUUCUUCAUCACAGGUUUUUCUCUUGGUUGGGGUCCCAUCCCCUGGCUGGUGAUGUCUGAGAUCUUUCCUUCGCGAGUAAAGGGGUUUGCCAGCUCUGUUUGUGUCCUCACCAACUGGGGCUCUGCCUUCAUCAUUACCAAGACCUUCCAGGACCUGAUGGACCUUCUAACCAAUGCAGGGACCUUCUGGCUGUUUUCUGGGUGUUGUGCGCUCAACAUAGUCUUCACCAUCCUCUUUGUCCCGGAGACCAAAGGCAAAACUCUGGAGCAGAUCCAGACACAAUUCAAAGGGACUCCAGAAUAAUCAAGCUACAAUAGACAAACUUAAUGCCAACCCCAAAUAUAACAUCAAGGACAGCGUCUCACGAUACUUUGUGGUCAAUAGUUUUCUGGGUAGUCCUAUCCGGAUGGUCCUUAGCGAUAGAUUAUCUCAUUCUGUGACUUGAAAAGGUAUAAAUGGUUGUGGCUGACUUGUGCCUAUUUGAUACGCUCAGACUUAAUAGUGGGCCUUGCAUUCUGAGCCAUUGGCCUUUUGGGCAUCCUGAAUGAAUGCUGGACCUCUUAAGCCCCCUUUUUAAGGGUACUUUUACCAACAACAAAAAAAUUGCUGGAGUAGUUUAGCUCAUACAUCACACUUGAAGAUUUACAAAAUAUAUGUGUGCUCCAGAAAUAUUUGUCAAUUCAACUUACAAUGCUUGCAUUUCAUUAUGUUGUAUGUAUUUUUUGGGGUGAAAGUACAAGAACAGUUUACAACAUUUUCAAAUGUGAGAGAACAAUUAAGGCUAUGUGCAUGUAAGUUAGAAUUUGGCCCAUAUUGAUAAUUAGAGACUUUACUGAUUUAAUGUUCUAUUUGUACCAUGGGGGUAUACAUUAAGUGUGCACAAAUGUCCUGUUGGUAUUAUUUGUCAUGUUUUUCUUCUGAAACAACUAAAUGUUUUUACUGAAACAUAUUAGAAAGGUGGAGAAAAGUAUGUUAUUUUGGUAAGAAUGGCUGUGACUACACAUGAAGUAUCAAUGCACACUGUAAUAUGUGGUAUACUAUUACCGGUGCCAUAACAUUGAAAUUAAAUGUGCUACAGUAGUGACUGGUCAUAUCAUGUUAAUAAAAGACUUGUCUAUUUCAUC